CACAAAUAACUAAAAUGCAGCAUAUAAACAAAGUCAGUUGAAGCGAACGGGCAGUUGCGAAGCAGAGUUAAAGAGAAGCGGAACCUGUUGCGCGAGCGCAGCUUAAAAAAACUAGCUCGCUAAUGUGUUACAGUUAAUCGGAACUCGACAAAUCAAGAGACUCAAGCAACAAACUCGCUCUUGCCAUGGCUAAAACAAUUCGCUGACGACACCACAACAAUACCAAUAUACAAACAAAGAAAUAACAAGUUAAUAAGUUGACCAUGAUUCAGCUACGCCUGCGCAUACUUGUUCUCUGCGUGUUGCAGUUAUUCGCUUUGGUCCGGUCUGAAUACGUUUAUGGCGAACCCGAAUAUAAAUGUCCCAAGAAACCUCAGAUCUUGUAUCCCUGCCUGUGCACCAAGGGCAGUGAUGAUGGACUCUUCGUGCGUUGUGAAAACACCAAUUUGGCCACUUUAUCAGUGGCCCUGCAGAACUUGGCAUCGCUGGAGAUGCCCAUUGAGGAGUUGACCAUCUACAAGGGGCACUUUGUGCGUCUUUUUGGACCGCUCUUUGCUCAUGUUAAAGCGCGUGUUUUAAUCAUUGUGGAGACACCGCUUGCGACCAUCGAUGACUAUGUGUUUUAUGGCAUGAAUAAUACUUUAGAGCGACUCCACUUGAUUCACACAAAUCUGAGUCAUAUUGGUCCGCUGGGCUUUGGCAUCCUGGGCAAAACUAGCCAAAUUGUCAUUGAAGGACAUGCUUUCGAACAACUACCAAAGGAUCUCUUUUUGGGACAGGAGAUUACUAACAGAUUAGAAAUUAUGCGACUUACAAAUGGACGCCUAAGUGAUUUGCCCGUGGAAACAUUUCAACCUCUGCGCAAACUAAAAACCUUGGACUUGCAUGGCAAUCAACUGGAGAACCUUAAACGCAAUCAAUUUAAGAAUCUACGCGAAUUGGAAGUACUGGAUAUUAGUCACAAUAAAAUCAAGAAAUUGGAGGCGCAGCACAUCUCCGAUCUAACCAAGUUGGGUUGGUGCAAUGUCUCGCAUAAUGCGCUCAACGAAUUGAGUCGAGGAACUUUUGCCAGAAAUUCAGUACUUAAAGUGCUGCAUCUUUCGCACAACAACAUUGGCAAACUGGAUGCGAAUAGUUUUCGUGGCAUGCGUUUUUUGCGUCGCCUUUUUCUUAGCGAUAAUGUCAUCAAAGAAGUGGGACGUGGCACCUUUGGAUCUGUUGCUCGCAUCGGCACAAUUGACUUGGCACGCAAUAAGCUGCAGAAGAUUGAGUACCAGAUGUUUACGCAAAUGAACUAUGUUGAGCUGCUAGAUUUGGCCGAGAACAACAUUACCAAAAUAGAGAAGAACUCAUUCAAAGACAUUUAUCAAGCAGUCAUUAACGUGUCGCACAAUGCUCUGGAACUAAUUGAAACCGCCGCCUUUGAAAACUGUGUUAAUAUUACAGUACUUGAUCUGUCUCACAAUCGAUUGAGCAACUUUUCGCGUCGCAGCUUCGAUGAAACAACCUUUGCCACUGAGUUUCAGCUUAGCUUUAAUAGCUUGACUAAUUUGGCACAUGUUCCCUUGCAAAACAUGUCUGGUCUGCGCGUGUUGAAUGCAUCCCACAAUAGCAUCAGCGAGAUACCCAAGAACUGCUUCCCCAAGCUGUACGAACUGCACACAAUUGAUGUAUCGCAUAACAACAUCUCGUCCAUAUUCAACGGUGUCUUCCAAACGCUAUUUUCACUGCGUUCACUAAACCUGGCUCACAAUAGCAUGGAAGAGAUUAAGUCCUCAACAUUUGGCACAUUGCCAACACUGCUGGAGAUGGAUCUCAGUUACAAUAAGCUAGUCUCCAUAGUGCGUGGCUCGCUGGCCAAGCUGACGAGCAUGCGGGAGCUACAUCUGAAUAAUAAUCAGUUGGAGAAACUGUUUCAAUUGCCCAUUUCGUUGAAUGAACUACACCUGAGUCAUAACAACAUCAGUUCCAUUCCGGCGGGCACUUGGCCUGUUAUGAAUUCCCUAAUUUACUUGGAUUUGAGCCAUAAUCAGAUUGGCGAUAGCCUAGAUGCACAAAGCUUUGUUGGAUUGCUGGUGGUGCAGCGACUACUGCUGCAGAAUAACGGCAUUACUCAGCCGCCAAUGGAAGCAGUUGCUGUCAUGUCUACGCUGCAAUAUCUCUAUCUGGAAAACAACAAUAUCAGCGUGUUGGAGAAGGGUGCGUUCGGCAAGCUGCCCGUUCUGUUUGAGCUCAAUCUUUACAACAAUCAAGUGCAAGACAUAAGUAAACGCGCGUUCGAGGGACUUUUGCAGCUGCUCACGCUCAAUUUGUCGUCGAAUGGCAUACAACAGCUGCCAAAUGAUAUAUUCAUUGGAUUGCCCUCGCUGCGUACGCUGGACUUGUCCCACAAUUUUCUCUCCAAAUUGGACAAUAAAACAAAUGGUGUGCUGGAUGAUUUGCUCAGUUUGGAGAGGCUAAAUUUGAGCCACAAUCGCAUUAGCUUUGUGACUAAGAAAACAUUCCCAUCGCAUCAGUAUAUACCGUACAAUCUGAAGUAUCUGGACUUGAGUUACAAUCAAAUGCCGGUGCUAACUUAUGACAUAACCUUUGGCACUAAGAAGCUGGUUCAGCUGAAUCUAUCGCACAAUCAAAUCAAUGAGCUGCGUCGCGGUGUCGUCUCCAAUUUUACAUCACUGCAGCUGCUGGACUUGUCCAACAACGAGCUGGCAAACCUGAUGUCCGAGGAGCAUAUCUUUGAUUUGCCCAAGAACUUGAGCAGCUUGAUUGUGUCGAAUAAUAAAAUCUAUCAUAUGCCCUUUGCCAAUCUCGAGAAGACGCAGUCAUUGAAAUAUGUUGAUUUAAGAAACAACAGUCUGGAGGACAUUCCCGCAUCGUUGGUUGGCAGCAUGCGGAAUGGCAGUCAAGUGCUGUUCUCUCAAAAUCCACUGUAUUGCGGCUGCAAUCUAAGACCCUUAAAGCACUACAUGCUGCAGCAGACGACGCCUAGCGAGGAUUGGCAAAACGUUGUUUGCCGCACGCCAACUCUGACGAGGGAUCAGCAUUUGCUGCAGGUGGAUGAUGAGCAUUUGAAUUGCCUGGAAGAUGAAAAGGAACUGUAUGCGGGCAGCGACUAUGAGCAGCUGACUGACGUACGCUUCCGUGAGGUGAAAACUACCAAGGUAGGCAAUCUAACACUCAGCUGGUUUGUCUCUGGCAUCGGCGACGUGGCCGACUUUAAUGUGUACGUGCGAAGUGGCGGCAACGAGUUGCUCCAUCAGGCGGAUUAUGCCUAUAACCAGCGAACAGCCCAGAUUGCCAUUUCAGAGCUGCAGCAGCAUGGAGAGGAGAAGUUGCGUGGUGCCGAGAUCUGCAUUGUAUCGCGUGAUAGCGAUGGCAAAAUACGACGUUGGUUUGCCGGCCAGUGUCAAGCGUUGCCAUCCCUCAAGUUGCCCAGGACUUUUUUCUUUGGCAACUUUAAUGUGAGAGGAUCGGGGAGUGUCACAAAGUCACCGUUUACCUGUGUUCUAUAUUUAGCUUUAACAUUGUUUGUUGCCUUUAUUCAUUAAAUAUAUAAAGUCACAGAAGAAUAGACGCCUUGUGUGUUUACUGACAGCACGCACAGUAAGGACACGCGCCGCUCUGACCUUACUACAUGCCACACACAGUUGCCAACAGUUGAAGUUGAACAUGUGCGCGCCGCCCUGCGCACAUGUAUUUGUUUACUUGGUCGCCGUUGCCGCCAUCAC